ACAGGUUAAUUUCUAUUGACAAUGUCAUGAUUCUUUAGCUAAAAUUUUAAAAAAACUACAUUUUUGCACAAAAUUUCCAUUAAAUAACUGAUCAUGUAGGAUUUAUUUAUUGAAAGAAGUUUUUUAAAGCUUGAAUAUGACUACCAAAGCAUUUAACACGACAACAGAAAUGAAAAUGCCCUUUGAAAAAUGCUCCAUCUGCGAAGAACACGUACAAAAAAUAGAAGAAAUUGAACAAAUCCUAUCAGGUAGGGAAGACAUUAUAAAAGCCUUGCAAUGUCGCCUUAAAAAAUCAGAUACAAACUAUCAAAGGCUGCUCGGUGAUUUCGAGCAGCUGCGUUUCGAACACUCUUUCGCUCUUCAGGAUAAUUUCAAUCUAAAAGAAAUUAAUUCUAAGCUUGAAGAAAUCUCAAAGCGUCAUGAAAAUUAUAGUGUAAAUCAAUAUCAAAAUCCAGAAAAAAUCAUCAGCUUAGAAGAAAACCAAAAUUAUUUAUUAAACAAUCAAGCAGCAUUUCCCCCAUCAUUAACUGAAGUGAGCAGUCUUGAAGAGAUCGUGAAAAAACAAAAUCAAACUCUAAAGCGAUUAAUAGAUAAAGUAGUAAAGCAAUUACAAACUAUUAAAUGUGAACACUCUGGUUGUGCGGUUGAAUAUAUCUAUCACAUUCAGAACCAUAGUAUUCAAACAGAAAGCGGAGAUUACAAAGGAAUAGAUCCACAGUUUAAGGAAUUAAAUGACGAAAUACGAAGACUAAAAUAUGAAAUAGACUUUCAACAAAGUGAAAAUGAACGUUUUCGACGUCUUCUUUCCAAGAAGAAAAGCAGAUUGACAAAGUGUACAAGUUUAUCUACUUCUAUAGCUCCAACAUCUCUUCCUAAUAUUAAAAAAGGCUUGAAUAUGUCAUACUCAGGUUGUUGCGAGAAAGCGGUACAGUUCAUUAGAAAAGAAUUGGAAAAACAGGAAAAGGCAUUUGAAGAAAGCACGGCCCAACUUAUUCAACAGCUAAGCGAUGUGAACAAUAACAAUCAAAUUUUAUCGGAUACUUUGGCUAUUGUGACCGCGGAAAAUAAAAAUAAUUUGGAAAUUAUUAAGAAAUUAAAAAUUGAACUAAACAGGACUAAUGUUGAACAUGAAAGGCAAUGUUGUCAGCUGUCCUGCAAAGUAGCCCACUUAGAACAAGUCUUGGAACAAGCAACCCUAUCUAAAAAGAGAUUGUCCGACUCUGUGGACGCAAACGAUGCCGAAGCUAAAAAUUUAAAAGAACGCCUAAAACAGCUAAUAAAUGAAAAUAAAAACUUAAACAAUACAAUUUCCGAGUUAGAAAAUAAGAUAAAAAAGAUUAAUCCUUAUGAAGGAAACAUAGAGGCGCUACGUAAAGAACUCGAAGAAAAAAACGCAGAGUUGGUAGAGUAUGAAGAAGAAAAUAGAUUUUAUUGUCAAAAAAUUGAAGUACUGGUGAAUCAGAAUAACGAAUUGUGUAGAAAUAUUAGACAAUUGGAGGCUGAGUUUCUAGAAAAAUCUAAAGAGGUUGAAAAAGUCGAUGCUGAAACCCAGAGUGAAUUUAAAGAUCAGUCCUCUCUCCAAAAUAAAGUUGACCAGCUAGACAAGGAAAAUCAAUAUUUGCUUAAUCAAUUAAGGGAACUACAAUCAUUGAAAACCUCUAACAUGUCUCAAGUAGGACAAAUUGCUCAGAUGGCUGUGGAAAAUGAUAGUUUAAGGAAACUUCUAGAAAAAACAAAAGCAGAAAACCAACAAAAAUUGGACAGCAGUGAAAGACUUAUUGAAUAUUCUCAAAAGGAAAUUGAGAGAUUGUCAAGAGAGUUAGAAAAGAUAACUAAUUCGGGCGGUAAUUUUAAAAAGGACGCAUUUACUUCUACCUCCCUAAAAUCCAAUAGUUCUCUGAAUGACACAAUUGACAAGUUAAGCAAAGAAAAUAGAUGUUUAAAAGAACAGUGCCAAUUGGCAGAAAAGUUAAACGAUAUUAAUAAGAAACAACUUGAAGAGAUAAGUACACUUCAAAAUAAAAAUCAUGAUCUAGCGGAAAUGAUGCGAAAACUUAAACACGAAAACUCAGCGGAAACCACAAGAUUACAACAACUAGUUGAUAAUUCUCAAAAUCAGGUUGAGAUACUCCUUCAUGAACAUGAUCAAAAAACUAAGGAAAUUGAGGAGAUUGCCAAUGAAUUAGAAACAAUAAGGCAAAAUGUAUCAAAUGAUACAGACCAAUCCGCAGAACACAUUAAAAAGUUAGAAAACGAAAAGGAACAGCUGCUGCAUAAACUUAAGGGUUAUGAAAAUUGUAAGGACUGCAACUGUGAUCAAAAUGGAGAAAUCAACAGACUAAAUGCUGAGCUAAUCAAGAAACAAAUUAUAAUAGCAGAACUUGAAGAAAGUGUAGAUUCUUUUAAUGAUACAUUAAAGAAUUUCGACCAAACAGCAGAAGAUCUUGCGAACGAAAACGCCGCUUUAAAAGCAGAUAAAAAUAUACUUGAGAAAAAUUUAGAAAGAUUGCAAGAUAUUAAAAAAGAUUUUGAUAAUAUUAAGGUGCAUUUAGAAGAAAUUAAAAAAGAAAGAGAUCAACUAGUUCAGGAGAAGGACAAAAAUACGAAUAAGUAUAAUAAUUUGCUUUAUAAACUAGAUCAAAAUGCGAUAAUCUUAAAAAAUAUGGAGGCUGAGAGAAAUUCUUUAAGUCAAGAGUUGGUGCGUUUAAAAGCAGACAAGAGAGAAAUGGAUAAGCAUCUGGCAAAUUAUUAUCACUUACAGAUCGAGUUAGAUGGCUUAAAGAAAGAACAACCACGAAACAAUCAAAUGUUCGGAAAGAAAAUUAGCGAGUUACAAAAGGUAUAUGAUGAACUUAAGAAUGCAUUUGAUGGAUUAAAUGAGGAUAAUCAGAGCCUGAGGAAAGAACGAGAAAAAUUAAAUGAGGAACUAAGAAAUUUACGACAGGAGCUUGAAGAAUGUCGAAAUAAUAAGAGUCAACAACAAAAUAUGUGCAACUGCUUAGAGGCGCAAAACGAAAUAUUAAAAAAUCAAACAAAUUUGGCCAUCCAAGAGCUCGACUCCCUAAAAAAGAAUUGCGAAAAACUUAAAGCGGAUUGUGCUUUAAAAUGUGUCGAAGUAGAAUGUUUAAAGUCAGAUGUACUGGUAUUGAAUAAGGAAAAAAUUAUUUGCGAACAAAACUGCAAGCAAAAGCUGACAGACUUGAAGGCCCAACUAGAAGAGCUACAGAAAAAUUAUGAAGAAAAGACAGGAGAAGUCAAAAAUAUUAAAAAACAAUAUGAAUCUGCAGCGAAAAGUUCACAGUUAACUAAAGAUGAAUACAAGAAUCUUAAGAGGGAAUAUAAGGACAUCAAGAAAAUGUUGUCCGAUCAAAUAAAGAGAUACAAAAAUGAGACUGGACAAAUUGAUUCUGAAAAACCUUGCGCAAUUGUUAAGGAGUUGAAAAAUCAGCUGAUAGAAAAAGAAAAACAAAUAGUUGCCUGUCAACAAAAACUUAAAGAUUCUUCUUAUGAAAUUAUCGACCUAAAAGAUUAUAUCCACAAACUGAUUUGUGAUAACAAUAUUUUAAAAUCGGCAAUCAAUAAUCUUAUUGGUAACUUAGAAAAAAAGAUAAAAGGAUCUGGCGGAAGUAUAGCUAUGUCAACAGAAGCAAUCGCAUCUGAAAUUUUAACUAGUCUAACCAACAUCGAAGAUACUAUUAUUAGGAAUAGCGAUACAGGAUAUUACCCCUGUCCUAAAGGAUGCAAAGGCAAAACUUGCAAUUGCAUGUCCGAAAUCUGCUCACAGUAUAGUUUUAAAGAUAUCAAUCAAGUUCCUAGUAGUGAUAUAUGUCCAACUACAAAGCCUUGCCCGCAUCAACCAACUAAAGAGAAUUCAUCUCAAAUCAAAACCACGGAGACUGAGAUUACCACGAUUUCUAAACCAUCAUCUAAAAAGCGUAGAGAAGAAUCCCAGUUGAUAAAUAUUACUUUAAAUUCCGAUACCACAGAUUCAGAUGAUUUGGCUACGAAUAAGUGUUUAGACGAAAAAUCAAUAGAUUUCUUCAAAGAACAAAUAGAUGACCUUAAAACGAGGAUCGAUCGCACAAUGAAGGAGAAGUGCUGUGAUUGUGAGCAGUAUUUUAUAACUACAAAUUCAAAUAGCAAUUAAAAUUAAAGAAAGAUCUUUAUGAAAUAUUUUGUAUAUAUACUUGUGUACACAUAUAUAUUAGAGUUAUGUAUAAAUAUAAAUAUUUUUCAUAAAAAAUAGAGUAGGAACACAACAAGAAAA